AUGGACCUUGCGAAUCAAACGAAUCGCCCAUCCCACACCACGAGACCCUCUCUUUUCCGUGCUGGCCAGCGCCGUCGAGCCAAGGCCCCCAAGGUUCGGACCGGCUGCCGAACUUGCAACAUUUCUCGUGUCCGUUUGUGCAGGGCUCGCCGCGUAAAAUGCGAUGAAGCUCAACCCUCUUGCAAAAGAUGUAUAUCCACCGGCCGCAAGUGUGAUGGCUACGAGCCUCUGCCCGAAAUCAAACCCAUUCGAUUCGUGACAUUGAUGCACGUUACGUAUCCCCCAAACGAGGUGCGCUCUUUUCAAUACUUUCAGGAAAAGACGCUAUCGCAGCUCUUCACAUUCAUCCACGAAGAUAUAUGGACAUCACACAUAGUUCAAACGGCAAACAUGGAUCAAGGAAUCUGGCACUCUGUCAUUGCACUGUCAUCCUUUCAUGAAAACUUUGUGCGCCACGGCUACUCUGGCCCGCAGAACCACGACCGCUUCGCGCUGAAACAGUACAACAUGUCCAUCCAGGGUAUACUGGGAUCGCAAAGAAACUCUAGCAACGCACAUGUGCAUUUGAUAUCGUGCAUUCUAUUCAUCUGCAUCGAGGUGCUUCGGGGUAGAACAUUGACUGUCCUCCAGCUUCUGGUCACGGGAUAUGCAAUUUUGAAAGAAGAGCGUAUGCGUUCAUGCUGUGCAUAUACUGAAUCUAGUGGACCGUCUGCAUGUGAUCGAGACGCGCUCUUUGCCGCCGCCGACGUCUUUUUAAGUCGCAUAGCGGCGCAAGCAUACAUGUUGGUCAAAGGCGUAGACCCCAACCUCGCCACUAUGGUGGCAGAAAUUCUAGACUUUGAGCAGUUUGCCUGGAAGGAACGGCCAACCUUUCACACGCUCAAUCAAGCCCAGCACGCGCUGAGCAACCUCAGACUAGAACUGGAGACGUAUAAUCAGGCCGGAGUUGGCAUGGUGCCCGUCAAGCUGCGGUGGUGGGUGACCGCCUUUGAAGAGUUCAAAAAGGACUAUGCGGAUCAGCUCACAACCCAGGAGGGCAAGAGAGGGCUUGCGCUGUUGGAGCUUCAGCGACUCUACGUGGGCGUGGAAACCACCGUUUUUGACGGCCCGCCAGGCGCGGAAGAGGAUCCGCUGCGUUGGGAUGCGCACACGGAUGCAUUUCGGGAGAUGAUUCGCCACGCCGAGGCGGCGACAGAUGCUGACAGCGGCAGCCAGCACGACACGGUGGCAGCGACCAGCACGCGCAAGGGUCCCCAGUUCCACAUGCACACAGGCGUCGUGCCGGUGCUCUACGGCAUCAUCCACAAGUGUCGCGACCCGGCGAUUCGAAGACGCGCCAUUGCCCUCAUGACCAGAUCGCAGCGUCUGGAAGGCGUCUGGGACAGCCAGGUGGUGCUGGCCGUCGCCAUGCGCGCCAUGGCCGUCGAGGAGCAGGGCCGGACGCCGACCUCGUCGGCCGAAAUUCCCGCCGCGGCCCGAGUGCGGCGCAUCGCAGUGCUGCCUGUGCGUGAAGGCGAGCAGGGCCAGACGAAUCCCAAGUCGUACGUGGUCGGCUACGAGAUUGACAAGACGUGGGCGUGGGAGCAGGCCGACAACAUAAUGGACAGGAGAGCGUCAGACCGCUGA